ACACUCAAAUAAAUUUAAAAUCAACCUAUACCAGAAGUUCACACUAAAAUUGCUCAAUCAUAAACAAUAAUUCAACAUUACUUGCUCAACUUUUUUGGCUUCUAUAUAUACUUAGUAUCAUUUAGUUUAUAUUUCCUCAGCCUAGUAGAUCAAAAAUAAGUUCGUUUUUUUUCCUCACCAAAAAUGAUUGAUUUUUCUUCAAGAAAGCUGUUGAUCUCGUUAUUUAUUUGUACUACAACUAUAGUUGUAAUUCCAAAGCUGAUGUUGGCUCAGAAUUGUGAGUGUGAAGAAGGAUUGUGUUGUAGUAAAUGGGGUUAUUGUGGCAUUGGAAAUGGUUAUUGUGGAAAAGGCUGCCAAGGAGGGCCAUGUUAUUUUAAUAUUUCACCAAAAUAUAAUGUUAAGAGAGUUGCUGAAAUUGUUACUGAAUCAUUCUUUAACGGGAUUUCUGAUCAAGCUGAUUCAAAUUGUGAAGGCAAAGGUUUUUUCACAAGAUCUGUGUUUCUUGAAGCUGUCAAGUGCUAUCCUGAAUUCGGGACUGUUGGUUCUUCUGAUGAUAAUAAGCGCGAAAUUGCUGCUUUCUUUGCUCAUGUCACCCAUGAGACUGGACAAAUGUGCUACAUAAAUGAGAUAAAUGGUGCAUCUAGGGACUAUUGUGAUAUGACAAACUAUUUGUACCCUUGUGUCUCUGGAAAGAAUUAUUACGGCCGAGGACCGAUCCAACUAUCAUGGAACUUCAAUUAUGGACCAGCCGGAAAAGCCAUCGGAUUUGAUGGCCUAAAUGAUCCCGAUAUCGUAGCUAGAGAUAGUCUUAUAUCAUUCAAGACAGCCUUGUGGUACUGGAUGAAUAAUUGCCAUUCUCUAUUAACUUCUAGACAAGGUUUCGGAGCGACAAUUCGAACCAUUAAUGGCCUUCUUGAGUGUAAUGAUGCCAAUCCUGAGGCUGUUGCCAGAAGGGUUCAAUAUUACAUCGAGUAUUGCGAGCAACUUGGUGUAGACCCUGGGGAUAAUCUCUCUUGUUAGAAGACUUGAAAUAUAGUUCAUGGACUUUGAAUUAAUAAUGACUAGAAAAUGGAGAUUUUGUUGUUUUAUUCCUAUGUAAGAAAUUUUAGUAAUGUAAUGGAAAGAGUUGUUUCAUUUAUGAAUGAAGAAUUACUACUUGAGUUCGAUUUCAGCACAAAUAUGUAGUGCCCAAUGAUCCUCUACAAUGAACUUCAUGUGUAUUAUGCCUAAGAAGCACCCCUGGUUUUCUCUUCC